AUGUUCAUCUUCAAGAUUCCCGGCCCACUCCCCAUUCCGCCAGUUCCCAGUGCCCUUCCCGCCCUCAACAACAUGUCCAAGCCCGACUCCAAGAACCGCGGCCCCAACCAACUGCACGUCUACUUCCAUCCUCACCCCAUCAAGUCGAUCAACAAAACGCAUGUCAAUUCUAUAAUGUCCUCGCUUACACCUGGCGCCGCCCCUGUCGACACAGGUUUCUACAUCCAGACCUGCCGCAAUCUCUUCCACCGCGGUACCAAAGCGCCCUUCACCGCUAAUCGCGAGGCCAGCACUAAGCGCAAGAAGUGGCACAUUCAGUCCACUACUUCCUACCAGGAGUUGGUAGAUGUGUAUUUGAAGAAGGGUUAUGUGGAGGCUACGGUACGCUCCGUCGAUGGCAAGGAGAAUGUGAAGUGCACGGUUGUCAUGGUUGCGCCGGGGGAGAAGGUGCCGAAGGGGUUGUGGAAGAUUAGGAUCUGGAAGGAGCCGGUAAAGUGGGUGGUGAGUAAGUUGAUGACGUUGGAGGGUGCGUUGGUGAGGGCUCGUAAAGAGAAAGUGGAGAAACAGAAGACGAAGGAUGAGGAGAAGGAGGCGUUGAAGAGGCUGGAGGAGAAGGAGAAGGACUUGGAGACGGAGUCUUUGUCAAGUGAGGACGAGAAGGAUGUGAAGAGCUGGUUGUGA